AUGUCAACCAGUGAAGAUGUGGACAUAUCUAGAGAGAAGCUACCUGCUGGAGAACAUUCUAACAAUGUGUUAGAAAAAGAAAAGUCCCAGCUGCAGCCUCCUGCACCUGCAGCUCAGCAGGUCAUGGGAUCUCUAGCCAAAGCAAACGGAUCUGACUCAUAUACAGACUGUGGAAUGAAUUGCAACAGCAAAGCUCUCGAUCAAUCAGCGGUCCUUCACAAUGCACCCGACGGGCAAGUGUUAAACGCCCUAAAUGGACCAGAGAGACCUUUAACUCUGAAUACAACACCUGAAAAGUGUGCCGAAUCAUUGCCCAGCAUUACACCUGCAGAGAAAGGGAAAAAGCUACGUCUUUUCCACUUCCUGUUCGAGAUGCUCGAGGACCCAGGCAUGGCCCACUGUGUGUCCUGGGUGCCCGCUUCGGCAGGCAUCUUCCGCUUUUCUGCCAGGAACAAGGAGCGAGUGGCUGAGCUAUGGGGCCAGAGGAAGGGCAACCGGAUGCCCAUGACCUACCAGAAAAUGUCCCGUGCCCUGCGAAAUUACGCCCGCUCGGGGGAGAUCAUUAAAGUGAAAAAGAAACUGACUUAUCAGUUUAGUUUAGCGACCCUCUCUACUUUACAGAGCCAACAUGGUGUAAAGAAAGCAGCAUGUGGAUCGAAAUGAGAGCUCAAUGAUUGUCUCAAGUGUGUUACGGUCAUUAUUUGUUACUCUCAUGAUAUCUUAAUUGCCUUGGUAAUAGGAGGAGGGUAAAAUUAGUUUCUAUU